UGACGCGAAAUAGUUUGUGCUGUGCGUCGUAUUGUAUUCGAAAAUAAAAUUUAAUUAGAAUUAAUUAAGUAAAUAAGUUAAUUUUUGUGUUUUCUGGUAGUUUAUAAGUAAACCAGCAGCAUGGCGGAUGCUGCGGCUAGACAGUUGCAGUACGAGUACAAAGCGAAUUCAAAUCUCGUACUUCAAGCCGAUGUACGGCUUAUUGAGCGCCGCGGCCGUGAUGAGGCGACGGGAGAGGUUCUUUCGCUGUCGGGAAAGCUCUUAGGAACGCGUAUGGGCGACCGUGCUCAGCGCACGAAGCCAGAUAAGGCUGAGGAGCGGAAAGUGAAACGACAGAAACGUGACGAGGCAUCAUAUGAGCUAUCAAAGUCCAAAGGCAACCGCGCCGCCUGGGCAGACGAGAACACCGGAGCAGUGUACCGUCCCAGAGCCCAGCACACUAGACAUGCAUAUGAACUGCUGCUGUCCUUCAUGCAGGGUUCCCUCGGAGAUCAGCCGAGAGACAUUCUUUGUGGAGCCUGUGAUGAGGUACUUGUAGUGCUCAAGAAUGACAGACUGAAAGAUCCUGAGAAGAAGAAAGAGAUAGAGUUGCUCCUUGGAUCUAUUCCCGAUGACAGAUUUGCCCUGCUUGUCAACUUAGGCAAGAAAAUAACAGACUUCAACAUCAGCUCGCCGACGGAGGGCAAAACUGAGAUCGACGAGACAUACGGCAUCAAUGUGCAGUUUGAAGAGUCUUCGGAUGAGGACGACGAGGAUGCCUACGGAGAGGUACGCGAGGAAGACAGAGAAGACGGAGAAGGGUCAGACAAUGAGAAAGAGAAGGAGAGUAGCGCAGAAGAGGACAGCGAUGGCGAGGGCAAACGCAACGCCAUACACGCUAAUCUGUCAGAAGAGCAGUCACACAAGCGUCGCGACACAGUCAUCCACCCAAUGGACAUUGAUGCCUAUUGGCUACAAAGACGGCUUUCCAGGCAUUUCCCCGAUGCUAUGCUGUCACAAGCCAAAUCCAGCGAAGUACUUAAGGCGCUAGAUGACGCUGCUGACGACAGAGAUUUGGAAAAUAGACUAGUGUUGAUGCUCGGUUACGACUGCUUCGAGUUCGUCAAGAUACUGACCAAAUACAGAUACACCGUGUUGUACUGCACGAAGCUCGCCUCCUCCCAAUCUGAAAGCGAGCGGCAAGCGCUACGCGACGAAAUGAGCCGGCAGCCACAUCUCAUGAAGAUCCUGGCUCAAUUGGAGACUGGAAAGGGUGAUGAUGAGAGCGCCCAGCAAUCUGAAGCGCCCCGUAAGCGCCACAAGGCCGAAGCGGCAGGCAGCGGGCAAGCGGCCGGCAACAGGCAGAUGCUGCAGCUUGAAGAGUUGGUGUUUGCCGCUGGAGCUCACUUCAUGGCCAAUAAGAGGUGUCAGCUACCAGCUGGAUCCUUCAGGAAACAGAGAAAAGGUUACGAAGAAGUGCACGUGCCAGCCCUGAAGCCCACGGCUUUUAAACCGGGCGAAACCUUGAAGCCGGUCGAGGAGCUCCCGAAAUACGUGCAACCAGCGUUUGAAGGGUUCAAGACUUUAAACAGAAUACAGAGCCGCAUAUCCGCAGCAGCGCUCGAUGAAGACUUUAAUCUCCUAGUUUGUGCGCCAACUGGCGCCGGCAAGACUAAUGUCGCUCUACUGUGUAUCCUUCGUGAAGUCGGCAAACACGUCAACGCUGACGGGACAGUCAACGCGUCCGACUUCAAGAUGAUCUAUGUGGCCCCUAUGCGCUCUCUAGUACAGGAGAUGGUGGGCAACUUCAGCAAACGUUUAGCGCCCUACAACUUGAAGGUGUCAGAAUUAACCGGCGACCACCAGCUGACCAGGGAACAAAUUGAGGCUACUCAGCUUAUCGUCUGCACGCCAGAAAAGUGGGACAUCAUCACUAGAAAAGGUGGUGAGCGUUCUUUCACGAAUCUGGUGCGGCUGAUCAUAAUCGAUGAAGUGCAUCUACUUCACGACGAACGAGGACCAGUGCUGGAGGCGCUGGUCGCCAGGACCUUGAGGACGGUCGAGCAGACUCAAGAGCCGGUCCGAUUGGUGGGUCUGUCAGCUACACUGCCGAACUAUAGGGAUGUCGCCGACUUCCUUAGAGUGAAUCCUGACCAAGGGCUGUUCUACUUCGACAAUUCUUUCAGGCCUGUAGCGUUGGAGCAACAGUACAUCGGUGUGACAGAAAAGAAAGCCCUGAAGCGGUUCCAAGUGAUGAACGACAUCGUUUACGAGAAAACCAUGGAGCAUGCAGGGAGGAAUCAGAUUCUCGUGUUUGUACAUUCGCGCAAGGAGACAGGAAAAACAGCGAGGGCUAUUCGAGACAUGUGCUUAGAGAAGGACACGCUUGGACAAUUCCUCAGGGAAGGCUCAGCCAGCACAGAAGUACUUAGAACAGAAGCGGAUCAAGUAAAGAACCCUGAACUACGAGAACUCCUCCCGUAUGGGUUCGCGAUCCAUCACGCCGGUAUGAGCCGCGUCGACCGUACUUUAGUAGAGGAUCUGUUCGCCGACAGACAUAUUCAGGUCCUAGUAUCAACUGCCACCCUUGCCUGGGGUGUCAACUUACCAGCCCACACGGUCAUAGUGAAAGGGACCCAGGUGUACUCCCCAGAAAAGGGUCGCUGGAGCGAGCUCGGUGCCCUCGACGUGUUGCAGAUGUUGGGCAGAGCUGGCCGGCCGCAGUAUGAUACUAAAGGAGAAGGUAUCCUGAUCACAAACCACUCGGAGCUGCAAUACUACCUGUCCCUACUAAAUCAGCAGCUACCCAUCGAGUCUCAAAUGAUAGGCAAACUGCCGGACAUGCUUAACGCAGAAAUCGUGCUGGGCUCCGUUCAGAGCGUCCGCGACGCCGUUGCAUGGCUUGGUUACACGUAUCUACAAAUUCGUAUGAAGCGUGAGCCCGCAUUAUAUGGCAUACCACCUGAAAAGUUACAAGAAGACAAAUUUUUGGAGUUGCACAGAGCUGAUCUGAUACACACCGCCGCCAGCUUACUAGACAAAGCCGGUUUGAUCAAAUACGAGCGCAAAUCCGGCCAUUUUCAACCCACCGAGCUCGGCCGCAUCGCCUCCCACUUCUACUGCACUUACGAAACUAUGCAGUCUUACAACCAACUACUGAAACCAACUUUAGGAGAGAUCGAGCUGUUUAGAGUGUUCUCUCUGUCGGCUGAAUUCAGGAAUAUAACCGUUAGAGAAGAAGAAAAAUUGGAAUUGCAUAAGCUGAUGGAAAGGGUACCAAUCCCAAUAAAGGAAAGUAUAGAGGAACCGUCAGCCAAAGUGAAUGUGCUGCUACAAGCGUACAUAUCGCAGUUGAAACUAGAAGGGUUUGCUCUAAUGGCGGACAUGGUGUACGUCACGCAGUCAGCUAGUCGCCUGCUGCGGGCCAUCUUUGAGAUAGUGCUGCACAGAGGGUGGGCCCAGCUGGUCGACAAGACACUGGCCCUCUGCAAGAUGGUGGACCGUCGCAUGUGGCAGUCCAUGUCACCGCUACGACAGUUCCGAAAGAUGCCUGAGGAGGUGAUAAAGAAACUCGAAAAGAAGAAUUUCCCUUGGGAAAAACUGUACGAGCUCGGCCCCAACGAGAUAGGAGAGCUUGUUCGAGCGCCGAAACUCGGGAAAAUGAUACACAAAUACGUCCACCAGUUCCCGAAACUAGAGCUCUCUACACACAUACAGCCGAUCACGAGAAGCACGCUGCGAGUGCAGCUCACCAUCACGCCUGAUUUCCAUUGGGAUGAAAAGAUCCACGGUCAAUCGGAGGCGUUCUGGAUCCUGGUGGAGGAUGUGGACUCGGAGGUGGUGCUGCACCACGAGUUCCUGCUGCUCAAGGAGAAGUACUGCAAGGACGAACAUACGGUAAAACUGUUCGUGCCUGUGUUCGAGCCUCUGCCGCCGCAAUACUUCCUCAGGGUCGUUUCUGACAGAUGGAUAGCAGCAGAGACACAGCUACCCGUCUCCUUUCAACAUCUAAUCUUGCCCGAGAAGAAUAUGCCACCUACCGAGCUGUUGGAUCUUCAACCGUUGCCUGUCUCUGCUCUACGGAACCCUAAAUUUGAGGAAUUAUAUAAAGAGACGUUCAAACAGUUCAACCCAGUACAAACACAGGUGUUCAACGCGGUCUACAACACGGACGACAACGUGUUCGUCGGAGCGCCGUCCGGCUCCGGCAAGUCCGUGAUCGCGGAGCUGGCUUUACUGCGGCUGCUGUCGAGCAACGCCGCGGGCAGAGUCGUGUAUCUGCUGCCCAAGGACGCGCUGGCUGACAUUGUCUUCUCUGAUUGGUACCAUAAGUUCGCCACCCCCGACGGAUUCAACCUAAAGGUGGUGCAACUAACUGGCGAGACAGCGACCGACCACAAGCUGUUAAACAGGGGACAGAUCAUCAUAACAACCGCUGAGAAAUGGGACGUGCUAUCGCGCAGAUGGAAAGUGCGAAAGAGUGUGCAAUCCGUGUCCCUAUUCAUUGUGGAUGCCCUGCAACUGCUCGGAGGGGACGAAGGCCCGGUGUUGGAGGUGGUGUGCUCCCGGAUGCGGUACAUAUCCUCGCAGAUCGGUCGUCAGAUCCGCAUAGUGGCUCUGUCGCUCCCUCUAGCGGACGCGCGCGACGUGGCGCAGUGGCUCGGAUGUAACUCCAACGCCACCUUCAACUUCCAUCCCAGUGUCAGACCGUUACCACUAGAGCUACACAUACAGGGUUUCAACAUCCCGCACGCCGCGUCGCGGCUGUCGUCCAUGACGAAGCCCAUCUACAACGCCAUCGCGCGCCACGCCGGCUCGCGGCCCGCCGCCGUGUUCGUGCCGGCGCGCCGGGACUCGCGCCUGCUGGCCGCCGACCUGCUCGCGCUCGCCGCCGCGCAGGGGAGGCCUGCCAGGUUCCUGCAUGCCAAUCAGGACGAGAUGCAGAAGUAUCUCGAUAAAAUACAGGAUAAGAUGUUAAAGGAGACGCUCGGAGCCGGCGUGUCCUACCUGCACGAGGGCGUCGACCCGGACGACCGGCGCGUGGUGCAGUUCCUGGUGUCCAGCGGCGCCGUCCAGCUGUGCGUGGUGGCCGCCGAGCUGGCGUGGGCCUUCGCUGCCCAUGUACACACUGUGAUAGUGUGCGACACACACACUUACAACGGCAAGCUCCAUACAUACGAGCAGUACCCGAUCACGACCGUCCUCCACAUGCUGGGCCGCGCCUGCCCUUCUUCAGAGGAUGACCACUCCGUGGCUGUGCUCAUGUGCCGCGCGCACCACAAGACCUUCUUCACCAAGCUACUACUGGACUGUCUCCCGCUGGAGAGUCACCUGGACCACAGACUGCACGACCACAUGAACGCCGAGAUCGUGACUAAAACCAUAGAAAACAAGCAGGAUGCCGUGGACUAUCUCACUUGGACCUUCCUCUACCGCCGGCUCACCAUGAACCCAAAUUAUUACAACCUGCAGGGUGUUACUCACAGACAUUUAUCAGACCACCUCUCGGAGCUGGUGGAGACGACCCUGACCGACCUGGAGCAGUCUAAGUGUAUCGCCAUCGAGGAAGACAUGGACCUGCAACCACUCAACCUGGGCAUGAUCGCUUCCUACUACUACAUCAACUAUACCACCAUCGAGCUGUUCAGCUUGUCCCUGACUAGCAAGACUAAGAUCCGAGGUCUGCUGGAGAUCAUCUCGUCAGCCGCGGAGUACACGGAGCUCUGCAUUAGGCACAGGGAGGAGAACAUCAUCAAGGCACUGGCUAACAAAGUCCCACACAAGCCGACUUCCACCUCAGGCACCGUCAAGUACAACGACCCGCACGUGAAAGCGCACGUAUUACUUCAAGCUCAUCUCUCCCGCACUCAACUACCGCAGGAGUUACAACAGGACACGCAACUAGUGCUCACAAAGGCGAUCCGACUGAUCCAAGCGUGCGUGGACGUGGUCUCGUCCAGCGGCUGGCUCUCCCCAGCCGUGGCGGCCAUGGAGCUGGCCCAGAUGGUGACGCAGGCGAUGUGGGCCAAGGACUCGUACCUGCGCCAGCUGCCGCACUUCAGCCCCGAGGUGGUGCAGCGGUGCACUGACAAGGGUGUAGAAACAGUGUUCGACGUGAUGGAGCUGGAGGACGCGGCGCGCGCCAAGCUGCUGCAACUGUCCCCCGCCGAGAUGGCGGAUGUGGCUCGCUUCUGUAACCGCUACCCCAACGUGGAGCUCGUCUACGAGGUGAAGGAGGAGCGGCGGCUGCGCGUGGGCAAGCCCAUCGUGGUGGAGGUGGCGCUGGAGCGCGAGGACGACGUGGUGGGGCCCGUCAUCGCGCCAUUCUUCCCGCAGAAACGCGAGGAAGGCUGGUGGGUGGUGAUCGGGGCGCCAAAAACAAACAGUCUCCUCUCCAUCAAGCGCGUAUCUCUGGGUAAGAGUGCGCGCGUCCGCCUGGACUUCGUGUGCGGCGCGGCCGGCCGGCACGCGUACACUCUCUACUUCAUGUCGGACGCGUAUCUCGGCGCCGAUCAGGAGUACAAGUUCCACGUGGACGUGGCAGAAGCGGCGGAUGAUGAUGAUGAUGAUUCCGAUGAAUAGGGUGUCGAAAGUUUGAAUGCAAA